CUCUCUGGAGAGAGCCCCGAGAGUGAACAUCCUCAUCACUGAGGGCAUGGCUGUUGUCAGUGGUGUGAGCCCAACCCAGAUGGAUUUCUGGGGUGGGAUGGAGUUCGUGUUCACGAUGCCCAGCAUAACCCCCACAGAGCGAAAGGCUGUCUGGGAUGCAGUGGCCAGCAACAUCCAACAACAGCUGUUGCUGCACAAGGGGAUCCGAAUUCCCACCCUUGGGUCUUUUGAUGUGGUCCACACAGAGACCCUGGUGGGGAACAAGACUGUGAUCCUGCAGAGGCCAGUGUUCCACCUGGCGAGGAAUCUUGGAGGAGUCCAAAACCUGGAAAAUAAGGAUGAUCUGGCUGGGGGUAAGCAGCUGGAGCCUCUGAAAUAUGCCAAGGUGGCCACACAGGCCUCUGUGUCCCGGAAGAAAGUGGAGUGCUGCAUCCUUGGCACCAUGUCCCUGCUGUACCACUGCCUGGAGAAGGGCAUGAGUGUCGCCUUUGUUCUGAGGGAUGUGGGUGUGCUCCUCAUUGAAGGCAGCAUGGUGCUAAUGAGAUUCUACCUGGACUUCCUGGAAAAAGUGACUGGGGAGAGAAUCCAGGACAGGGCUACACUCAAGGCUCUCCAGCAGCUGGACAUUGUGGUUUCCCGGGUGGUGCCUGUUGCUUCCCUGAGCUUUAGUGGCCAUGUCAUCGUCUUUCCCAACUUUGAACAGACACUUCAGCCCACAUUGCUGCCCAGGGAUCAUCUCAAGGACUUUGGAUUUGUUCCUGGAGAGGACAAGAGGAACAAAAUAAGUUUGCCACCCAUAAGACAAGGCAUGGAAGGGAGACUUCCUGGCCUGCCCGUGCCUGCUCACCAGGGUUCCACUGCCAAGGCAGGAGAGCAGCCCCAGGAUGAUGAGGAGAUGGAGAUAAGGCACAGCCCUCGGGUCAGGAAGCUGCCAGUGAUCCCAGGGGCUGCUGCCAGAAGAAAGCAGCCUGUGGCUGACCAAAGCAUGGGCAAGCCUGUGCCCAAGGGCCAAGCGUUGAUGCAGAGCAACAAAGAGGCAGCAGCAACUCAGAGGGAAAGAGGAGGAAGAGGAGAAAGAAAAGAUUCUCUUGGGAGAGAGGGAGAAAAGAAAGUUCAACUUCGAAAAGAAGGAGAGAGAAGGGAAUCUCUUGGGGGAGAAGGAGAAAAGAAAACUCAUCUCAGGAGAGAUGGAGAAAAGAAAGUUCAACUUGGAAAAGAAGGAGAGAGAAGGGAAUCUCUUGGGGGAGAAGGAGAAAAGAAAACUCAUCUCAGGAGAGAUGGAGAAAAGAAAGUUCAACUUGGAAAAGAAGGAGAGAGAAGGGAAUCUCUUGGGGGAGAAGGAGAAAAGAAAACUCAUCUCAGGAGAGAUGGAGAAAAGAAAGUUCAACUUGGAAAAGAAGGAGAGAGAAGGGAAUCUCUUGGGGGAGAAGGAGAAAAGAAAACUCAUCUCAGGAGAGAUGGAGAAAAGAAAGUUCAGCUUGGAAAAGAAGGAGAAAGAAGGGAAUCUCUUGAAAGAGAAGGAAAAAAGGCUCAUCUCAGAAGAGAAGGAAAAAGAAGGGGUUCUUUUAGAGAAGGAGAAAGAAUGGAUUCUUUUAGAAGACAAGAAGAAAGAAUGGAUUCUCUCAGAAGACGAGGAGAAAAGAAAGUUGGACAAAAAAGAGAAAAAGAAGCAAAAAAUGCUCUUGAAAGUGAAGGAGAAAAGAAAGUUCACCCCAAAAGAGGAGAAAAUAAAGUUUCUCCCAGAAGAAAAGAAGAAAAAAUAGUUCUUCAUGGAAGAGGAGAAAAGAAAGUUCCUCUUGGAAGAGAAGAAGAAAAGAAGUUUUGUCUCAAAGGAGAAGAAGUGAAAUAUCUCCUUGGGAGAGAAAGAGAAAAGAAACUUCUUCCUGGGAGAGGAGGAGAAAGGAAAGUCCCUCUUGGGAGCACAUCACUGCCAUGGAGUGCCCAGGCCAGGAAGCCUCAGGUCUCCAAGGUGUUCAUCCUGCAGCAGCCGGGGGCUGAGGCAGCACAGGGCCUGAGAGCCAGGCCCGAGAUCUUCUGGUCAGUGCUCAAAGAGCCUCAGAAGAGCAUUUUGGCAGGCUACAGGUUUGAGUCCUCCCGUCUGCUGCCCCCUCUGCCCCCACAGGAUGCUGUGGCUUCACAGUUGCCCAUGCUGAAGAAGAGAGAAAUGGUCGCCAGGGGCCCGUGGCCCUGGGUGGAGUGAGCAGGGAUGAGGGUGAGCAGCACCUGAGGUGGCAAAACAGGGACAGGACUGGAACAGGAACUGCCAUUCUGGGAGGCUGUUUCCUCCUAGGAAUGCAGAGUUAGUGAAGGGAUCUUCAAAGAUCCUUCAGCUCUGCUGGACGUCAUGGCCAAGGUGCCACUGUGGGGUCAUCCAUCUCCAGGGUUGAGGGACUCCUUUUCCAACAAGAAGGAACCUCAGGACACAUCCUGGGGUUACAGUAAGCCUAAUUCAGAACAAGGCUUCUUUUUAGAUCCCCAUUGGAAAGACAAAGCCUCUCUGGGAGGAUUUGGCAAAGCUCAGGAACAAACUGCUGCUGCUGGAGAGGCUGCAGCAAAGGGAAAAGAGAGGGAGAGAAAGAGUUGUCCUCCUGUCAGUGUCCUGACCUGAAGCCAUCCAGGAGAGGCUAGGAGACACUCCCAGAUCUGUUCCCAGGGAGCCUCCCUGACAGAGACCAAACCCCAUUCCAGGUGCUGCUCCUGACUGUUGUUGGGAUGAGAUCCAUGCAUCCUUCUCCCAGAAGGCAGUAGGUGCUACCACUACCACCCUGAGAGAUUUUUAUUAAAAGAAAAAUUUCCAGAAUAGCAAAUUAAACAGAAUUCACUGUUGUAUUGCACAACCCAUUCCUUGCAUACCUGCAAUAUCCAUUUCUUGUCCUUUAGUUCCUUAGGUUUAAGCACUGAUAGUUUCAAUAAAUGUCCCCAAAGUAAAUGAUAUAUCUUUUCCACUGUAUUUUAUGACCUCUAUUAAAAAAAAACCAAAAAACCCCCAAAACUCCAGCACAACACUGAGUUCUGUUCACUUUAAGAGUCUCUGUAAAUACAGGGUAUUCUUCCAGAAAGAGAUACCUGUAAAUGCUUGUAUGCAGUAUUCAAAAUGGCGCUAUGUUUUAAGGGAAUUCUAGUGAGUUUCCAUUUGGCUUUUACAGUAUUGUGUAUUUCUGGGUAAAAUGUUCACCCUGUUCUUUUAUUCAUGACUGGUUUUGUUUUAUUUCACAUUUUAAUCUCAGUUGAAAUAUGGGAUAUGGCCACGUAUAUUUAAGAUGUUAAUGUGCCAGAAACAAGAAUAUACAAAUGCACUUAUUAAAUGUUGGUAAGAACGAACAAAGCUGCUCCAUACUUUAAAAAUUUGCUGUAGUGCAAAGCUCCUGCAUUGCUUA